AAAACGCUGUGCAAAACUGGAUUUCUGUUGAAGGGAGGUGAAGAUUAAAGAGCGGAGUGAAAAGUGACAUUUCUGUAAACCCUGGGCACGCCUGCACUGCAACUCAACAUGCAGAGACCUGUACCUGAAGGGUAAGUCAGCUAGAAAAGAGGAGCCUGAGAAGUUGUUGAACACAUAUUUCCACAACAAGGACACAUACUUCAGUCCUUUCGGCAACAGGAAACACAUGUUGGCUCCUGUUAAUGAUGUCAUGGCAUGGGCAGAGUCAUUCGACCAUCUACUGGAGUGCAAAAGCCAGCUGGUGUUUGAAGACUUCCUGAGGACAGAAUACAGUGAGGAGAACCUUCUAUUUUGGCUGGCCUGUGAAGACUAUAAAAAAAUUACCAGUGUGACAGAAAUGACGGUUGCUGCCAGAAGGAUUUACGCCGAGUUUGUCCAAGUUGAUGCGCCAAGACAGAUAAACAUUGACUGUGUGACGAGAGAAGAAAUCAGUGAAAAUAUCUCUCAACCGGGACCAAAUUGCUUCGACAGGGCACGGAAACUGAUAUAUGGUCUGAUGGAAAACGAUUGUUAUCCACGAUUUCUGAAAUCAGAAAUCUACCAAGCUCACCUGGAACAGGCUGAAAAGCAAUGAAAGCAACGUGGAGAAGUAGCUCGUCCAAUGCCUCUCUCAAUGAUUGACUCUGCACUUCAGAAGUCUCUCCUCAGAAUCUCAGUUUAAACCAAAAGGCCUGUCAGAGGAAACAAAAGUGAGAGGAGAUAUGGAGCUGUUGGUAUGGGGAUCUAAAAGACAAAUAUGAUCUCAAUAAUGUAUUAAGGUUCUUUUGAAGUCUGUUUUUGCUUGGAUUGCUUUAUGUUGCAUAAGGGCCUGCAAAUCACAAAAAGUCUGAAGUCAAGUUUUGACAUUUUUGUUUAUCAUUUGUAGACGCAAAUUAGUACACACCCUUUGAAUAUUUGGACUGUUUAGUUUCUGAUGAGUUAAUUUUUAGAAAGCUACAGUAUACAACAGAAUUGAAUACUCUCCUGUGUAUUAUCAAUUAAAUGUCAAAUGCAACAAAAUUAAACCAAAUACUGUAUUACUUACCUGUAUCACUCAGAUAAACAGUAGAAUACUUGCAAAAAAAUUAAUACAUCCAACAAUUUAGCUCUACUAUCUGAAGAAAAAAAAGUACAGGCCCCACAGUUGGAACUCCAGUCAACAACAGUCAGUACACCUGUCAUUACUGAGAUGAAAAUAGCUGUUUUUCUGUACGUCAUGUCAUUUAUGAUGACAGAUUCAAUCCUCCUUAACCUGCAGGAUACCAGUAUGUUGCACAGAUCUUUGGAGAAAUGUUUUUACACAUUAUUUGCAGGUAUAAGGGGUUGUGUUGCCUUACAUUUCUCUUUAAAAUACCCAAAUGGUGUUACAAGGUCAUUUUUUUCUCUUCUUUCUCGUGUGAUUUUGGCAGUGUGUUUUAGAUCAUUAUCAUGCUGGAAUAUUUUUCUUCUGCAGACUAGGAGUCAUUUUGUCAGCCAGUAAUUUUUUUAUAUGCAAAGUCAUUCGUGAUGUCAUCUAUAAAUGGUAUCUCCCCCAACACCUUGUGCACUCAAGAAACCCCAUAUCAUCACACUCCCACCAGGACUAUACAUUAACUGUGGUUGUCCUGGCCAGGUUCAUACCAAACAUGCUGGACUCCACCUGAGCCAAUAAAUGUAUCUUGGUCUCAUCAGAUAAAAGAAUGUGCUCCCAGUAUUCCUCAGAUAUGUUUUCAUAAUCUUUAGCAAAGUUUCAUUUUGCAAGAUUUAAACCAAAGAGCAAGUAAAGAUGUUUUCCCUUGGAAGUCAUCCAUUGAGGUUCACAUUGUGCAAUGUCCUUCUCACUGUCUGAGCUCUCACUGAACAGUAUUUUUCUGGUAAUCCUGUUUCUUCAGAGCUAGAUUGUUCAAUUAGUGCAUUGUCUGUGGUAUCAUUUUAGUAGGACAGCAACUGUGGCUCUGAUUAGUGGUAUGAUGACUUGUUGUAUACCUCCUGAUGAUGGCAACAAUUGUUUCAGGAUAUGUUAUUGUAUCUUUUUACAUCUUUGUGUGGUCUCACAGUCAGGUUUUUCAUAUGCUCCGUUCCUUUCCAUGUGGAGCCAUGAUGCAGACAUGCAGAUAGACAGAGCCCACAGGUCCAAACCUGAGAAAGCUCUGCUGUUUGUCAGUGCCACUGUGUAACCAUGUACAUGCAAUUAGAUAGACAGACAGACAGACAGACAGAUCGACAAAACUUUUUUGAUCCCGCAGCAGGGAAAUUUUCAAAUUAGACUAAUUGGAGAUCAAAGGGGUACUCACUUUUGUUUUAGUGAUCACAGAUUUUGAAACUUUUGUGUCAGUGAUUACGUGUGUACUACAGUUUCUACUGUAAGGCCUGUGUUUUCAAUGUAGUCUGUGUAAAAUAUUCUCUUUUUGUCAACUUACAGAGAUUGUAAUAAUUGAGAGGUAAUGCAAAUCUGAAUCAUUUGACAUUUAAGUGAUACUGUAAAAGAGUGUACAGAAACUCACAUGUAUACACUACUGUUCAAAAGUUUGGGGUCACUCAGAAAUGUCCUUAUUUUUGAAAGAAAAGCCAUUUUUUUCAAUGAAGGUGACAUUAAAUGAAUCACAAAUACAGUAUAAACAUUGUUAAUGUGGUAAAUGACUAUUUUAGCUGGAAACGGCUGAUUUUUAUUGGAAUAUCUACAUAGAGGUACAGAGGAACAUUUCCAGCAACCAUCACUCCUGUGUUCUAAUGCUACAUUGUGUUAGCUAAUGGUGCUGAAAGGCUAAUUGAUGAUUAGAAAACCCUUGUGCAAUUAUGUUAGCACAUGAAUAAAAGUGUGAGUUUUCAUGGAAAACAUGAAUUGUCUGGGUGACCCCAAAUUUUAUAUCUCUACAUAUAUGUAUAUACAGCAUAUUAACACUGUCAGAUACCUGAGGAAUAAUUUGAGGUUAUUGAUAAGCAGUCAAUCUUUAAUGUGUGAAAUCAUUUCAUUACUUUGUAAAAUUCAGUAGGUUAAUACUUUAUAUGUGAUUGUGCCUCCUCAUUUUUUGUAACAAACCUUCCUUUAUGGUACGAGGAAAGUUACAAAUCUGCUUUUUUUUUUCUUUUUUCUUUUUUUUUUUGCUGCAGUGGGGUCUUCAGACUAUGAUCCAUCAUGCAUAUCAUUAUUUUUAUGAUGGAUGUACAUAAAAGGCAUCCACUAUGUAGAGCUUUUAAAGUGCUUUACAUUUUGCCUCUAAUUCAUCCAUUUACACAUAGAUGGCAGCAAACUACAAUGCAACCUGAUAGUCUGACCAUCAAGGGGCAAUUGGAGCUGAGGAUCAAACUACUAUCAUGUCUUUACUGCACAACGCCUGUAACUUUAAACUGUUGCAUUCUCCUCGGUCAAAAUGUAUUUUAAACAGUAAAUAUUGUGUUCAAAAACUGUC